AUGCCGGCGUUUCUCAAAUAUAUUGAUAUGGAAAACUUCAAGUCCUAUCGGGGGCACCACCGAAUAGGACCUCUGAAAUCUUUUACUGCGGUGGUAGGGCCUAAUGGAUCAGGCAAGUCAAAUUUCAUGGACGCUGUAAGUUUUGUGAUGGGUGAAAAGACUUCUUUGCUCCGUGUGAAACGUCUCAGUGAUUUGAUACAUGGAGCCUCCAUCAACAAACCAGUAUCCAGAAGUGCUUCAGUGACAGCAACAUUUGUUCUUGAGGAUAUGACAGAGAAGCAGUUCCAGAGGUCAGUGAUUGGACAGUCAUCCGAACACAAGAUCGAUGGACAGUCUGUAACCACAUCACAGUACCUGGGUGAGCUGGAGAAACUGGGUAUCAAUGUCAAGGCCAAGAACUUCCUGGUUUUCCAGGGAGCUGUGGAGAGCAUUGCCAUGAAGAACCCUAAGGAGAGAACAGCACUCUUUGAGGAAAUUAGUGGAUCGGGAGUUCUGAAGGAACAGUAUGAGCACUGUCGUGGGGAAGUGAACCGUGCUGAUGAAGAGGCCCAGUUCUCCUACCAGAAGAAGAAAGGAGUGGCUGCUGAGAGAAAAGAGGCCAAGUUUGAAAAAGAGGAGGCUGAGAAGUACACUAGGCUUAAGGAGGAACUGCAAGAGCAAAAGAUAGAACUCCAGUUAUACCACCUGUACCACAAUGAGAAAGAGAUACAAUCAAUGGAGGAAGAUCUUCAGCACAAACAGUCAGAGCUGACCAAAGUUGAGAAGAAGCGUCAGAAGCUAGAGGAGGUUCUUAAGGAGAAGAAGAAGGAAGCUGGAGUUGUGCAGAGAGAGACUGCCAAGAUUGAACAGGAGAUUAGAGAAGUGGAAGCAGAGAUCUCAAAAAAGCGUCCAACAUUCAUAAAAGCGAAGGAACGCGUGACGCACACGCAGAAGAAAUUGGAGAGUGCCCUGAAGACCUUGGAGCAGGCUCGCAAGGCUCACGAGGCACACCAGGCUGAUAUCAAGAAGUUGGAGGACGAGCUCCGGCAGAUUGAGGACCAGAAGGCUCAGUGGGAGCACUCCACGCUCGGCGCCACUCAUGCUGGCCGCGCUGAUGUGCAUCUUGAGGAGGCACAGAUCCGUGAGUACGAGGAGUUGAAAAUGGAAGCGUCUCGUCAGGCGGCUCGCUACCUGCAGGAGCUGGACUCCGUCAACCGAGAACAAAAGGCGGACCAAGACAGACUCGAUAACGAGCUGCGACGCAAGGGAGAGUUCGAGAAUAAACAUCGACAGAAGGGUCAUGAAAGAAAUGAGGCUAUGAAACGUGUGGACAAACUGAAUGAGCACAUCAAGAGCUCCGAACAGGCACUCGAGGAGCAACGUCGACUGCGCGCUGAACUACAGGCGGACGUGGGGUCGUGCCGCGGGCGGGCCGCCGAGCUGCAGGCGCAGCUGGAGGACGUGGCGGCCGCGCUGGGGGACGCGCGCGUCGACAAACACGAGGAGGCGCGCCGCAGGAAGAAACAGGAGAUUGUCGAGAGCUUCAAGAGGGAUAUCCCUGGCGUGUACGACCGCAUGAUCAACAUGUGUCAGCCGACCCACAAGCGUUACAACGUGGCCAUCACCAAGGUGCUCGGCAAGUACAUGGAGGCCAUCGUUGUAGAUACUGAGAAGACUGCCAGGAGGUGUAUUCAGGUGCUAAAAGAAAGAAUGUUGGAGCCAGAAACAUUUCUACCUCUGGACUACAUUCAGGCUAAACCUCUCCGGGAAAGAUUAAGGGACAUAAAAGAGCCUAAAAACGUGAAGUUAUUGUUCGACGUGUUGAGGUACGAGCCGCCUGCCAUCCACCGCGCUGUACUCUUCGUCACCAACAACGCACUCGUAUGUGAGACUCCUGAGGAUGCUUCCAGGGUCGCAUACGACCUGGACCGGAGCAAAAACAGCAGAUAUGAUGCACUGGCACUCGACGGCACAUUCUAUCAGAAGUCUGGUAUCAUCUCUGGAGGUUCCCUGGACUUGGCGCGCAAAGCCAAGCGUUGGGACGAGAAACAUCUCUCACAGCUCAAAGCCAAAAAAGAAAAACUGACAGAGGAACUUCGCGAGUCUAUGAAGAAGUCUCGCAAGGAGUCUGAGCUGACGACCGUAGACUCACAGAUACGCGGGCUCGAAUCCCGACUGAAGUACGCCAUUACUGACAGAGAUACUACGCUAAAGCAAAUUAAAGCGCUGGACGCGGAACUCGAAGAGUUUGAGAGGAAGAUUGAGAUGUUCGGUCCUCAGAUAGAGGAGAUCGAGCGCACGAUCCACGCGCGCGACCUCAAGAUACAGGAGAUCAAGGAGAACAUGAACAACGUGGAGGACGUCGUGUUCCGCGGCUUCUGCAGAGACAUCGGCGUCGCCAACAUCCGGCAGUACGAGGAGCGCGAGCUGCGCGCCCAGCAGGAGCGAGCCAAGCGCCGCCUGGAGUUCGAGGCGCAGGUCGACCGCGUCACAUCCAACCUCGAAUUCGAGCGCAGUCGCGACACGCAGAAGAACGUCACGCGCUGGGAGCGAGCCGUGCAGGACGCGGAAGACGAACUCGAGGGGGGCAGGCAGGCUGAGGCCAAGCAGAGGCAGGAGAUCGAUGCAGACCUGCGCAAGGCUGAGAACCUUAAAGCCGAGCGCUCCGCUGCACGGACACGACAGGACAAUGCUGACGAACAAGUCAACAAGGCCCGCAAGGAGUUGACAAACAUCCAGAAAGACAUCCAGACAAUCCAGAAACAGACGUCCAGUAUUGAAUCUCGCAUCGAGAGCAAGCGCAGCGACCGACACAAUAUACUGCGACAGUGCAAGAUCGACGACAUAAUAAUCCCUCUGUUAGAGGGUAACUUAGAGGACACUGCAGACGGCGAGUCAGACCCGUCCUCCAUGUCCACCACACAACAGUAUAGAAAGGAUUCCAGGAUCCGCGUAGACUACAGCUCGUUAUCAGAGAACCUGAAAGAGCUGGAGGAACCAGACGAGAUCAAGCGCAAGGCGGACAAGAUGCAGAAAGCUAUCAACUCACUGCAGAACACUGUGGAUAAGAUACAGGCGCCCAAUAUGAGGGCUAUGCAAAAACUCAAUGAGGUUCGAGAGAAAGUCAACGCUACGAACGAGGCAUUCGUUGCAGCUAGAAAGAGGGCACACAAAGCUAAACUGGCGUUCGAAAAGGUAAAGAAGGAACGACACGACAAGUUCAUGGAGUGCUUUGAACACGUCGCCAACGAAAUUGACGCUAUUUACAAGGCUUUAGCAAUGAAUCAGUCAGCGCAGGCGUUCCUAGGUCCGGAGAACCCCGAGGAGCCGUACUUAGACGGCAUCAACUACAACUGCGUGGCGCCAGGCAAGCGGUUCCAGCCCAUGUCCAACCUCUCCGGAGGAGAGAAGACUGUCGCUGCACUCGCAUUAUUGUUUGCUAUACAUAGCUACCAGCCGGCGCCAUUCUUCUUGCUGGACGAGAUAGACGCAGCUCUGGACAACACCAACAUCGGCAAGGUAGCCUCCUACAUCCGCUCCAAGAAGGGAAGCCUGCAGACCAUUGUCAUCUCACUCAAAGAGGAGUUCUACGGGUGCGCAGACGCAUUGGUCGGCAUCUGCUCUGAGCCGGCGGACUGCCUGGUCAGUGACGUGAUGACGCUCAGCUUAGAGGACUACGAAGACUAA